AUGCCCUACGACAUGCUGAACUACAUGUACUACCUCUGGAUCACGCAGAUCCUAAACCUUAUCGCAGUCGCAACGCUAAAGUACUCGAUUUGUGGCUACCUUCUAGCCCUUAAAUUCUCACGAGUGUACCUCGCGGUGGUGUGGGCUUCGAUCCUGAUGGUCACUACGUUCAAUCUGAUUUUGCCUAUCAUGGGCUGCUUUUGCAGUACACCGUUCGAGGCAAAUUGGAACAAAACCGUGAAAGGGAAGUGCUUCAUUAAGACCAGCUCGCCUCUCACGUACAGUCAGGGAGUUGCCAACUGUGUCACUGACGUGAUAUACGUCGUCGCACCCAUCAUAUACUUGUCCACCAUCCAGUUACCAAGGCGUACGCAAUGGGGUCUGCGUAUCGUGUUCUGUCUUGGCCUUAUUGCAACCGCUUGUUCAGUUGCAAAGACCAUUGAGCUUUCCGCGUUGAUGAAGACAGCCGAUCCAACAUGGGACGGUGUCAACCUCGCCAUCUGGUCCGCAUCAGAACUCUCGGUCGGUAUACUUGUCGCGUCUCUACCCGCACUCCGAAAGCAAUUCGACAGCUUCUUCCGCCGCAUUCUCUCGUCGACCUUUCUGGGAAUGGGAUCCAAGACGGGGUCUGGUAGCAACGGAAUACCACUGUAUAACGUCGGACCACCCCUUACCGUCGGCAGCCGACCAACGCGAGGUCUCUCGCGAUUCCAAAAAGACGACCUCAAUGAUGGAGAUAGUGAGAAGUGCAUACUGGGCGAUUCAGAGCUGCCUGGAAAGCGCGAAAUAACGAGAACGAUCGUACAUGAGAUACGUAGUGAGAACAGGAGCAGCGUGCAGGUCCCAGAUCGGGUGCACAACAUGUACAGCCAGCUUCAGUGA